UAGCCCGGCCGUGACGUCAGCGCACGACUCCCAUUGAGCGGAGACGCUAUUCACGAUCAUAAGACUAGGACGCCGCGUCUGAGGACCGCAGGUUGAUUUACCCCUGUUUGAAGGCCGUUUAUAGAUAUAGAAAAUAAUUUACGAAGAACUGACGAACUGUACUUCCACCUUCGUUUCUCUCCUAGACGACAGAGAAGGUGGUUGUGGUGUGAGGGGAGUGUGUGUGCACGUGUGUGCGAGUAAUGGCGGAGCAGCAGAGACAGCGUUCACUCUCCACGGCGGGGGAAUCACUAUACGUGGUCCUGGGAGUUGAUAAGAACACACCACCAGAAGACAUAAAGAAAUCCUACAGAAAACUUGCUUUGAAGUUCCACCCAGACAAGAAUCCUGACAAUCCAGAUGCGGCUGAGAAAUUCAAAGAAAUCAACAAUGCUCAUGCCAUUCUGUCAGACCCCACCAAACGCAACAUCUAUGACAAAUACGGAUCUCUGGGCCUCUACGUGGCAGAACAGUUUGGAGAGGAGAAUGUUAACACAUACUUUGUAUUGUCCAGCUGGUGGGCCAAGGCAUUGUUUAUAUUCUGCGGAGUGGCCACAGGCUGUUAUUUCUGCUGUUGUCUGUGCUGCUGUUGUAACUGCUGCUGUGGGAAGUGUAAACCUCAUCCUCCUCGAUCAGAUGAGCCAGAUUUCUAUGUGUCUCCUGAAGACUUAGAAGCUCAGAUGCAGUCUGAUGAGAGAGAUGGCAGCAGCCCCAUCGUGAUGCAGCCGUCCUCUGCCACAGAGACCACUCAGCUGACUGCAGACUCUCACCACACCAGCUACCGGACAGACGCCAGCUAUUAAACCUCCCUCUCUCUCACACACACACACACACAUACACACACACACAUGGGACCACCAUGCCAGAAGAGGUCACGGUGGGCAAUGGCUGAUCCAGAGGAAAGAGGAUGAGCGGUUAGUUAGUAUCACUGAAAAACCUGAAAAGCUCCACUGUACAGGGCAAGAAGUGAGUUUUUUUUUAUUUGCCUUUAAACCUAUAUUCCCAAACUUACUGCUGUGUUAUAUUCAACACACGCACACAAACACACACACACACACACAUAUAAGGACUUUCUUACAGUGUCCAUACAGUCUUCCUGCUAUGUUCUGUGGCUCUUGUUGUGCAAUUUGCACUAGUUAUCACACUGCAUUUAUCUAAAUAAUGAAUGAAAAUAAUUUUAAUCAGUCAUUUUUUUUUUUUUUUUUAUCAGUCAGUUUUGAUAAUGGUUAAUAGGGAUGCAUGAUAUUAACGGACCGAUAUCGGAAUCGGCCAAUAAUGGCUUUAAAUGUACAUUAUUUAAAUGUACGACCCAGUAUGAAAAAUUACGCUGUGUCUUGCCGAUAAGAGGAAUAACUCACAUGUGCUCAGGGUGUGCUAGCGAUUAGAUCAUGUCAGCAGUGUUGCUCAUUCUUGAUGAAAGUUUUGCCUGAAUGAUGAUUAGUUUUACUAUUUUGGAUCGCUACAUUCAAUUUGAGAAUGCACGUACAGAAUGAUGCAUUCAGUGUGUGAUAGAGUAAACGGUAUUAGCAUUAGUUUUACUUUACUGUAAUUAUAAAAGGACUUCAUUAUUGUUUAUUUAAUUCUAACAAAUAAGUUCUUGUUAAAAACGAACCAAAAUUAAAAAUAAUUAGCUUAUAAUUUUCACAUUGGAGAGACUUGGUGUUGUUUCCAAACAAAAGGAAAUAUAUCGACAUUGGCUGUCGGCCAAAAUGAGUUGAAAAAUAUCAGCAUAUUGGCAAAAAUCCAAUAUCGUGCAUCCCCAAUGGCUAAUGAAGCUGGCGUUACACUAAUUAAUAGUUGUACCAUUCAAAAGUUUGGGGUCAGUAAUUUUUUUUUUUUUUUUUUUUUGUUCCAGAAAAAAUGUGUUAAAUUGAUUAGAAGUGACAGUAAAGACAUUUAUAAUGCUACAAAAGAUUUGUUUCAAAUUAGUGCUGUUCUUUUGAGCUUCAUGUUCGUCAAAAGUCCUUAAAAACACAAAAAUACUAAGCAGCACAACUGUUUUCAACACUGAUAAUAAAAAAAAAUGUAAAAAUAAUUUCUGAAGGAUCAUGUGACACUGGAGACUGGAGUUAUGAUCAUGAAAAUUCAGCUUUUCCAUCACAUGAAUAAACUGCAUUUUAAAAUAUAUUAAAAAUAAAAACAAAACAAAUCUUACCGACCCCGAACUUUUCAAACUCAGUUAUUGACCUUUCCAUGCAUUUGAUUGGCUCUAACUAGCACAAACCUCACAAUUGCAUCAUAAACGUUGUCCUGGGUUGUUUUCAUAUUUCCACAUUUUUUUUUUUUUUUUUUAACAAACAGACCUGUGCCAUUUUCAUUAAGCAGAAAUCACAGUAUGUAAGUUGUAAUCCUUCAGGUUCAAAUAGUUUCUUUACAUCAACAGGAAAUGGUUUUGAGUAUUCUGAUAUGUUUAUUUUUCUAAACAGUAGGGCAGUGUAGUGUAGUCACUGAGGACACUUUGCUGUGUCAUGUUGUGUAUGUUUAUGUGAGCUGUCUCUCGUGUUAAUGGCAUCUGGUGGGCAUGUGCUGUCAAAUAUAACCAUGCAGUGAUUAGCUGUGCUUAAUUUCAGCCACAUAUUUUACUGUGGUAGUGUGUGUGUGUGUGUGUGUGUGAGAUCAAUCACUGGAGCAGGAGUUUGGGGUUGUCAGAUACGUACAAACACAUACCUUUGUGCCAGGUUAUUUAAUCUUGAACAGGUGUAGUUCCAUCUGUAUUCCCAAGGCUUUGGUGAGGCAAAGGUAAAGAAUUAGCAUUUGCAUUCCUCAGGAUUGUGGUUUCAGAAAGCAUAAGCCCAUUCUCAGACAGCUGCGUUCAAUACAAGCACAUAUGGAUUGUGGGUACAGGGGUUCAACUGCACAAAACAUACAGUAUGCUUCCAGUAUGGUUCAGUAACAUCAUUACUUGAGUCUGUAGUUUCACACUGACCCAAAAUUGUUAACUGAUGCAUCCUUUUUAGUGUGAUACAUUUUUGAAAAUGUAUUUAAAUAACUUAUUGUACCCAGUAUUUGAUCUUGUUCCCUAGUGCCAUGGUUUAAUGUCAUCAGUUCAACAUAAUAUUAGUUCAUACGCAUUAACAGUAUUUUUACUGUUAUUAUGCCAGAAAAUAUGCAUAACUCUGUGAUCUGUAUCCUUCAGACUAUCACUUGAUUUGAUCAUCUCAUAAACACAAUUCAGGGUUCCCAGAAAACUGGGAAUAUCACGGAAGUGUUGAAAAAAUAUUGAAAAUGUCUAUUCUUUAUACUUUUUCUAGCUUUGCUCAGUCCCAAAAUAUUUUAGAGGCUAAAUUGCUCCUCAUGAACUAAAAUCCUUAAAAAAUGUGGAGCCCUGACAAUUGCAUCCUCCUUUUUAGAUCUUUUCCUUUAUCUCUUAGAAUACAUGCAUAUUUUUAUUUCAUUUAUUUUUAUUUUUUAAUAGGAGUGAACAUAAACAUACAGACUUAAGUGUAGGGAAUCUUAAUUUCUCUGUGUGUGUGUGUAUGUGUGUGUGCUGUUUGAAACUGAGAUCUUAAUCAGUGUACCAUCAUCUGCUGUAUGUUUUGUGUUUAAAUAUGUCAUUUCUUUAAGAUGGAUUAGCUGUCCCUGUUUGUGCAUACAUUCAUUUACAUGCACUUGAAACGGGAUAUAUGGUAAACUUGUGUAAUUUACUCCAAAUGUGUAUGUUUUAGUUGUUUAGGCUCACAUUGUGAAUAUUUCAUAGGUCUGUAGGUUUGUCUCGUAGUUUUUUGUAUUUUAUUUAUGUCUAAAUCAUUAAGCAGAUUAUUAGUGAUCAUGUUUCUAAGCAUUUCUAAGACUGAACUGUUCACAAUGUGUAACGCUUUUUAUUUGCAAAAUAUUAUUUCUCAACACAAGCUCCACUGUAACAAAGAUACUGAUCUGUUUAUUGGUUUCAGUUAUCACAGUUUUCCUUUCCAUUUAUUUGUUGUAUUCAUUCAUUCAUGAUCAUAAACGACAACAAAAACU